AUGUGUAACGUGACUUAUGGAAAGAUACCCGGAGAGGUUGAUGGAGAGAGCUUUUGUGGAAAAGGAGUCGCUGGAUUUUUGAGAUUUAUUAAAGAAAACUGCUCAGCUGAAAUAUUCAAUUCUGUUUGCGAAGAAAAACUACUAGCAAUAACCCCAUAUCAUGGAAUUCUCUACGAGCAUUUAUGCUCCAACUCUUCAUGUGAUUCCGAUCAGCUGUUCUGCCAAAACAUGAGAACAAUCGACUCAGGAAGCUAUACCGAGAGCCUGAAUAUCGUCCCAUUCUGCGGACCUGUUUCACUUGCGAGUCAUUUUCAUUCCUACAGGGCAAAAGUCAAACACACGCUUCGAUCAACGGCGAAUGCUAAUACAGACAUCAGCAUGUCAAAAACCUUGAUUGUCAUGGUCGGGUCUUUCACGAUUUGUCUCUUACCGAUGAUCACGCUCAAUUUCAUCGAAGUCGUCAAUUACGAAAAACUCGAUCCGUUGAAUGACUUUGAAAAUUUCGACCUAGAAUUUAUGAAUUCGAUGAAUACACUCUCGAUUCUCGCGUCUAUGUUCUUAAUCGCCAAUAGCUUCAUGAACGCUGUAAUUUACUCGCUCAUGUCUUGGCGGUUUAGGAUGGAGGCGGAGGAGUUCUUCUAUAAGACGAUUUUGAGGAGGAAAAACUACAAGAGCAAAUUACGGCCAUCAUCUGGAGGACUAACGAUGACGUCGACAGUGGGAGAAGCAAACACAUCAUUUUCUGUUAGAUAA